AUGUCCGCGCAAGGCUUCGACCCAAACCGCGCGCAGAAUCUGCCCGAGAUCGAGAAGCAGAUGGCCGUCAAGUGCGUCGAGCAGGCCCAGACGCUCUGGUCGCUCUACGAAAAGGUGCGACCCUCGACGCUUCGUCUCACCAAGCUUGAUGACGAGAUCUAUGCCGACCUCGAAGAGACGUUUCCUGAUCUGAGAGCGACGGAGCAAGACAAGACAGGUGGUGUGGCCAAGCUCGAUGAGGACCGAAUGAAGAGCGAAAAGGGCAAGAAGGAGUGGCGAGACUUCAUCGCAAAGUACGAGGGCAAGGUCUCCGACUUCAACUUUGGGACACUGAUUAGGACUGACGUGGCGGACGAAUACACACAAUUCAACACCACCUUCGUCACACGAAUGCAAUUUUACGCAUAUGAGAUCGCACGUAACCGCAGAGGACUCAACGACUGGGUCUACGAGAAAGCCCAGGAGGAGGCAAAGAAGGAGGUGCGUCUUGUUCGCUCACCCUGA